AAUCCCCCACGGUCUCCUGCCUGACUGAAAUCUCCUCUGUUCUCCUCGUCACGCGCGCACACCGCCGCCGGAGCUCUGCCCGCUCCCCGCCCGCCGGCCGUCCUCCGCCCCCUGGCACUUCCUCCACCGCGCGAGCCCUCCCGUGCCAACCCCUCUUCCGCGCGGCCCCGUCCCGCCCUCUGCCUUCUCCUCGCCGCGCCUCGACCCCAGCUCUCCUCCGUCCGCAAAGGAGAAGACCAGCAGCGGCGGCCCCAAUCGAGGGAGGGAGGAUCCUCUCAGAGAAAUGUGGGGCAUAUUGGCUUCAGAAGAGAAAAUAUGGAGCAUUUUAUGAGUUAGCCUUGUUCCAGUACUGCCUGUUCCUAGUACGUUUUCUGCACCAAGAGGUCGUUGGAGCUCCUGCAGCAAGGUAAAUUCGGCGGCCGGACUCAGUGCCAUGGCGUGGAUAUGGAUGCUCUCGGUGGCUGGAGCCGUCCUCCUUUGGGCGGUUUCCCUCGGGCGGAUCCUCUCUUCCCCGACGCCCUACUCCCUGCCUCCAAGCCCUCGCUUCCUACCCCCUCUUGGCGAUAGGAGGAGCAGGAACGUGCUCCUGGUGCUCGCCCACCCAGACGACGAGUCCAUGUUUUUCACUCCAACUAUUCUUUUCCUCAAGUCAAAAGGCCACAACAUUCAUGUUUUGUGCAUGUCUCUGGGUAAUGCUGAUGGUCUUGGAGAUACUCGUAAAGAAGAACUGUAUGAUGCAUGUGCAACUCUUAAGAUUCCAGCUGAGCAAGUCGCAGUCUUGGACCAUCAAAAGUUGCAGGAUGGGUUUCAUGAGAAAUGGGAUCAUGGACUAUUAGCCGAACUUACCAUGGAGCAGAUCCAGCUGUGGGAUAUCGACACAAUUGUGACGUUUGAUUCCUAUGGAGUAUCAGGCCAUCCGAAUCAUCGUGAUGUUCAUCAUGGCAUAUGCAAGCUUCUUCAUGAGAAUCAACAAGGAAAUAUUGAAGCAUGGGAACUUGUAAGCCUGAAUAUGUUUCGCAAAUACAGUGGUGCAGUUGACAUUUGGUUGUCAUCUUUGAUCUCCUCAAGUUCGAAGCAACUGAUGUAUUGUCUAGUUAACUGUAGCCCAGCCAGAACCUUUGAGGCAAUGGCUGCACACAGAAGUCAGUGGGUCUGACCGUUUGUUUUGUUGUGGUAUGAGGCCUCCACAUCCACGUCAGCCAAAACCACUUGUGAAGUCACAUGAGGAUGAAAAUGGACAGUUAUCAAUAGUUUGCGGUUGCAAUUCAAACAGGUUCUAGUCUUCUAGAGAUUAAGGUUGAAAAGUGAACUUUGGCCAAAGUUAUGGAAUCAGAAGGGUGGACAUUUUUUCUUCUAGAAAUGAUACUAAAUUGUUUCACUCGAAUUUGUUUUUGAGAGCUCACUAGAUGUUUUUUUAGGAGAGACAGUUUGGCCGUUACACUGGUUGUUGCCCACUUCUGCAUAUAAUCCAUGACAAUACUUAUAAUCUUCUUUUUUAAUAGUAUCAUGUUACAUCCAGCA